UCGCUAGUAUUUGUCUCUUGUGUGUCCACCGUAGUGCGCUGCAGCCCCUUUGCCCGACUGCAACGCUUGCAAGAUGGAUAGUAUGCCUGCCUUUUAACUGCAGCCUAAUGGAAAAGACACUCUGAGCAGCUGGUCGCAAGGACCCGUGCAAGCACAUACGAGAUGAUACGCUAGGCCAGGCUGUCGGAUGGGCACCUUUUGGUGAUACUCGCCCAACGAUGUCCAAAAGCCUCAAGAAGAAAAAUCACUGGACCAACAAAGUCCACGAAGCAGUGAUAUGUAGGAGCAAAGACGGAGAACUGGGGUUCGAACUGAAGGGGGGCGCGGAAAAUGGGCAGUUUCCCUACUUCGGGGAGGUGAAGCAGGGUAAAGCGGCCGUGCAGAGCGGCAAGCUGGCCCAGGAUGAACUGCUGCUAGAAGUAAACGACAUGCCGGUGGCUGGUCUCACGAUCCGGGACGUACUGGCCGUGAUUAAACACUGCAAAGACCCGGUUCGCUUCAAGUGUGUCAAACAAGGGGGUGUGGUUGACAAGGACCUACGUCACUACCUCAACCUGCGCUUCUCCAAGGGCUCCCUUGACCACGACCAUCAGCAGAUCAUCAGGGACAACCUCUACCUCCGCACUGUGCCCUGUACGACCAGACAGCCUAAGGAGGGGGAAGUUCGAGGGGUGGACUACAACUUUGUGAGUGUGGAGCGCUUUAUGGAACUGGAGCAGAGUGGAGCACUUUUAGAGAGUGGAACAUAUGAAGAUAACUUCUACGGCACGCCCAAGCCCCCAGCAGAGCCCUCCCCAGCAGCCCCGCCCCUGAAUGUGAGCGAGGCACUGCUGCCCGGAGCACGGCCCAGUGCCCAGGGCAAGAGGAAGAGGAACCAGUCAGUCAGCAACAUGGAGCAGAGGGCCAGUCUGGAACCUCCACCUGAGGAGGAGGAGGAGGAGGAGGGGGGAGGGGGCGGGCGCGGAGGCCCUGUUGUCAACGGCAAUGGCAUGGCCAUCACGCCUGAGUCGAGUGAACAUGAGGACAAGAGCACAGACGCUUCAGACGAGGUCCCUGUGGAGGCCCCACCUCUGCCUCCCUCAUCCUGCGACCCCCCCACGGAGGGGGACGAGCCCCCCAAGUCCCCCCCCAAGCUACCAGAGGGGGGGGACGAGGAAGAGCUGGGAGCUUUGCCUGACAACUGGGAGAUGGCCUACACUGAGAAAGGAGAAGUCUACUUCAUAGAUCACAACACUAAAACCACUUCAUGGUUGGAUCCUCGUCUUGCUAAGAGAGCCAAGCCACCUGAGGAGUGUAAAGAGGAUGAGCUCCCGUAUGGCUGGGAGAAGAUAGAUGACCCCAUCUACGGCAGCUACUACGUCGACCACAUCAACAGGAGAACCCAGUUUGAGAACCCGGUUCUAGAGGCCAAGAGGAGGAUGGAACAGCAGCAGAUGCAGAGUCAGGGUCUGUCUGCCUUACCACUGCCUAGCAUAUACAGAGAGAGACCCCCCUUCACUCGGGACCCCACCCAGCUGAAAGGGAACUUCCUGUCAACGGCACUGCAGAAGAGCAACAUGGGCUUCGGCUUCACCAUCAUUGGAGGAGACGAGCCUGAUGAGUUCCUGCAGGUGAAAAGUGUGAUACCAGAGGGACCCGCUGCACAGGAUGGCAAGAUGGAUACCGGUGAUGUCAUUGUGUACAUCAAUGACAUCUGCGUGCUGGGCACCACCCACGCUGACGUGGUCAAGCUGUUCCAGUCGGUGCCCAUCGGGCAGAGUGUGACCCUGGUGCUGUGCCGGGGUUACCCCCUGCCCUUCGACCCCGAGGACCCCAACGCCGCGGCGGCCGCUGCCUCUAUGACGCCCAUCGGCCUGGAACAUCGCCCCCUAGUGGUUAAUGGCCGCGGGGGCUACAACCCCUACCUGGAGUACCUGUCGCUGAGCUCCCAAUUGCCCCCGCAGGCCCUGGCCAUGCCCCCCCCGCACCCUGGGGACACUCACCUGGACGGCUCCUCCCUGCCCCCCACCACUCCUGGCACAGGCCCCGCCCUCACCCCGCACGAGGACAAUGUCUCCAUGGCAUCAUCAGGGGCGACCGGGAUGGCCGGCGGAGUCACAGGGCCGGGAGCAGAGCUGCUGACCGUUACCAUGGUGAAGGGAGCUGAGGGGUUUGGGUUCACCAUCGCCGACAGUCCAACUGGGCAGCGAGUGAAGCAGGUUCUGGAGCCUGGCUCCCAGGGUGCAAUGGGGCUGAUCGAGGGCGACCUGAUUGUGGAGGUAAACCGUCAGACGGUGGCGGGGGCUGGACACGGCCGUGUGGUGGAGCUGCUGAAGGACUGUCCUGUCGGGGGAGAGGCUACGCUACUGGUGCAGAGAGCAGGAAAUGCAUCUCCAUGGAAGUCCAAUCAGCUGUCAGAGUCGUGGGAUCUUCAGGGGAGCCCCUCCCAGACCGGUCUGUCUGCCCCACCCCUCCUGCCCCCUGGGACCCCGUCCCAGCCUCAGCACCGGUCCUCUGUCCCAGACUCCACCGAAGGCUUCGACCUCAACAAACCCGACCCUUAUGACCUCUAUGAGAAGUCCAGGGCCCUCUACGAGAGCCGUCGACCAGAAUAUCAGGAUGUGGAAGUUCAUCUCCUGAGAGAGAAGACCGGAUUUGGGUUUCGCAUCCUGGGCGGAGACGAGGCCGUGCAGGCUGUGAGUCCGGACGCACGUGACAAGAUUGUGAUUGGUGCCAUCAUUGAGAACACGCCGGCCGAGAGGGACGGCAGGCUGCGCCCUGGUGAUGAGCUCAUCUCCGUGGACAAGAUGGUCGUGGCCGGGAAACCGCACCGCUAUGUGAUCGACCUGAUGCACGCCGCCGCCCGCAACGGCCAGGUCAGCCUGACGGUCAGGAGGAGGCUCCUCACCCCCGGAGAAGUGUGUCCGGUGAACGGCCGAAGCCCUGGCUCCGUGUCUACCCAGCACAGCUCCCCCCGCAGCGAUCCCGCUUCCGGUGGCCCCAUCACUCCCGGCAAUGCCGCUCCCACUGGCCCCGCCCCGCCGGAGGGCUCCGCCCUGCAGACCAGUGACGUGGUCAUCUAUCGCAAGGAAACCGAAGGCUUUGGAUUUGUCAUCAUCAGCUCGCUGAACCGUCCGGAAAACACAGCCGUCAUCAAUGUGCCGCACAAGAUUGGACGCAUCAUUGAGGGCAGUCCUGCUGACCGCUGUGGCAAGCUGAAGGUGGGCGACCGCAUCCUGGCUGUCAACGGGCAGUCUAUCAUCAGCAUGCCACACGCCGACAUCGUCAAGCUGAUCAAGGAUGCUGGGCUGACCGUCACACUACAUAUCAUACCUGAGGAAGAUCCCCAUUCGGGACCUGGUUCAGAGAAACAGAGCCCCCUGACCCAGAAACACAGUCCCCAGACCCAGCCCAGUCCUGUAGCCCAGCCCAGCCCAGCUGUCCCCCCGCCCGCCUCAGCAACGGGCCAACCAGGACCACCGGCCCCCCAGCCAGGACCACCGGCCCCCCAGCCAGGACCACCGGCCCCCCAGCCAGGAUCUCCAGCCCCUCAGCCCGGCCCAGCACCCACCCCGCCCGGCCAGCAACAGAGCCCGGUGAGCCAGCCCACUGGACCCCCUCCUCCACAGAUCUACCUCCAUGAUGGCAGUAGAUCAGAGGUGAAAGCAAGACAAGACGUUAAACCGGAUAUCCGCCAGCCCCCAUUCACUGACUACCGGCAACCCCCAGUAGACUACCGCCAUCCACCAGUAACAGACUACCGGCAACCGCCAACGUUGGACUACCGGCACCCUCCCCCUCUCCUGGACUACCGGCCACACCCGGCCACCGCCCAGUUUCCCAUCGGACAGUUUCCUCCAGACUUCAGACCACAGCUCAGCGUGGUGCCACUGCAGGACUAUGACUACUUCACUGUGGAGCUGGAGAAGAGUGCCAAAGGCUUUGGCUUCAGCAUCCGUGGGGGGCGGGAGUACAAGAUGGACCUGCUGGUGCUGCGUCUGGCUGAGGACGGGCCUGCCAUCCGCAAUGGCAGGAUGAGGGUGGGGGACCAGAUCAUAGAGAUUAAUGGGGACAGCACCAGGGACAUGACCCAUGCUCGGGCCAUUGAGCUGAUCAAGGCUGGUGGCCGGAGGGUUAGGCUGCUCCUGAAGAGAGGCACAGGGCAGGUGCCUGAGUAUGGACUGGUACCGUCCAACCUGGCCAUGUGCAUGCAAGACAGUGCCUCCAUCAGGGAUGCCCUUCCUCCAGCCCACCCUGCCCUGUCGGAAGUGACCCUUGACCCCCAGACGCCCCCCCCCUUCCCAGCCUCAUCCAACCCAGCAUCCGCCUCAGACCCCCCUCACCAGCUCUCUCUAGAAGCCCCUCUACGCAUGGUGGGCCUGGCUCCACAGCAGACAGACCUUUGGUCCACAAGAGGGGGCCCAGGUGGCAGGUCCACCCAGCCAAGGUGCACAGUCCAGGGGCAGGAAACCUAUCCGGUGCCUAGAGAUGUUGAGGGGGGACACUGGCAGAUGCAGCCCCGGCCCUUGAAAGCUGCCUGGGGAAGGUCCAUGGAAAGGAGGGAUGGAGAGAACAGUAGCCCCGGGGGUGAGAAGGAGCAGGCACAAGCUGCCUGGCCCUGGGACCCAUACCUGAAUGUGAGCUUGAAUGGAGCUGACCCUGGGCAUCUGAAGGACAGGCCUGAGCCCAGAGGCCUGCAGCCCAGAGUGGAGGAGGGGGCACUAGGUCACAGUGGGCUCUACUGCCACUCUCUGGGCCUGGAGGGUCCUGUGGAUGGGAGUGCAGGUGCUCUAGGGCCCUGGGGCUCUCCUGGGCAGGACAGACCGGCCGGCACCCUCCGGUCCUGGACCUCCACAGUGAGCAGAUAGACCAGAUCAUGUGUAGUCAGCCUGUGUAAGACUAGGCUGGACUGGCUGGGCUCAUCUCAGGCUCUCCAUUCAACCCUACAGUCACAUCCUAGAGGAAUCUUGUUCUCCCCUCUUCUCUCUCCCCCUCUCCUCUCUCCCCCUCUUUUCUCUCCUCUCUCCCCUCUCCCCCUCUUCUCU